UUACGCGAGCUCGCGUCCCCUGAUGUAUAUAUCCUGGCAAAAUGUGUAAAUAAAUUUGUAAAAAAAGUGAAAUUUGGUUUAUAAUAUCAGUAUUUUCUCGUUUUGAUAAUUACCGACUGAAAUCAGUCAAUACUUUGUGAACGAAUCAAGUGUACGAGGCACCGAUGAGUGAGAGUUAACCUCUUCGAAAUCACAACUACUGAAUUACAUCUGACAGUAAUGCUGUCAGGCUUUGCGUAUUCGACCUGAACGACUUGGCUUUCAAAAAUUUUGAGGAUUACAUUAACUGAAUAGUAAAAAUGGCGGAUGUACGCGAUAUAUUGGACAUCGAGGUACCGGCCGUGCCAGAGGUUACAAAGGAGGCAAUUUUUGGUGUCGACAAGAAAAACAAGAAACGAUAUGAGUACAAAGUGCCAAAGAGGCCGGAGGGAAUGCACCGAGAGGUCUACGCUCUCCUCUACAAAGACAACAAUGACGUUCCACCUCUGUUUCCAACAGACACGGGCAAAGGCUACAAGCAGACGAAAGCCAAGCUCGGAAUGCGCAAAGUGCGACCCUGGAAAUGGACCCCGUUCACAAAUCCAGCUAGAACGGAUGGUGCGGUGUUUCACCAUUGGCGCCGAGUCGCGGAUGCUGGCAAAGAAUAUCCAUUUGCCAAGUUCAAUAAGAAAGUUCCAAUCCCAUCCUAUACCGAUGGAGAAUACGUCCAACAUUUGGUCACCAGCGGAUGGACUCGCUCCGAAACUGACCACCUCUUCGAUCUCUGCCGGCGAUUCGAUCUUAGAUUUAUUAUAAUCAAAGACAGAUGGGAUCGUAAUAAAUUUCCCGAUAGAUCUGUUGAGGAUUUGAAGGAACGAUAUUAUCAGGUGUGCGGUGCUUUAACGAGAGCCAAAUCUCACAACGAUAAGGUUUACACGUUUGAUGCGGAGCAUGAGAAGCGGCGGAAAGAACAGCUGAAGAAAUUGUUUGAAAGAACGCCGGAGCAAGUCGAAGAGGAACAAACUUUGCUAUCUGAGCUGAGAAAAAUUGAACAGCGGAAAAAAGAGAGGGAUCGUAAAACGCAAGAUUUGCAAAAACUUAUUACGGCCGCUGACCAUCAGGUUGAUCCCAGAAAGACUGAGAGAAAAUCAACGAAGAAAAAUAAUAACUCUAAUAGAAAUAGACCUACAAAGAUCGACUCGGCUCACGUGGUCGAGUCGGCUGGAAUAAAGUUUCCAGAUUUCAAAAAUAGCAGCGUAAGCCUUCGUUCGCAAAGGAUCAAACUGCCCAGCAGUCUUGGCCAAAAGAAAAUGAAGAGUAUAGAACAAAUGCUGACGGAACUUCACCUAGAACUGAAUCCGCCUCCAACGGAACAGAUAUGUCAACAAUUCAAUGAACUACGUAGCGACAUUGUGCUGCAUUACGAGCUUAAGGGUGCGUUAGCUACCUGCGACUACGAACUACAAUCCUUGAGACAUCAGUACGAGGCUCUAGCUCCUGGCAAGACUCUGACGAUUCCGCCAUCUCUACUGCCAAAAGUUGAACCAGAAGUUAAGGCAGAUAUAAUUGACGUUGUCGGCUCACCAAGUAUGCCAAAUGUAACCCAGUAGAGGAGAUUCAUUUUUCAUACUCCCACGAGUACCGAGCACUUUUAGUUUUAAGAAGAAUUAAUUUAAGAAUAUAUCCGAUGUUCCAGUACAAGUUCCUAAUGCAUUAAUUUCUCAUCAUUCAUCUAUAAUUUUGGAAUUCGUCGUCGCUGAUAUCAUCGAAUUUUUGUCAUCUGGAACAGAAAAGUACAAAAUCAGGAGAAAUUGAUGGAUCAAAUGAUUUAUCAUUGGGAACACUGUAAUCAAUGAAAUCAUUACCAUCAUCGUAAACAAAAGGCUUCAUCAAGAGUACCAUGACUAGACCAAAGACAGCGGAGCCACCACAGGCGUAGAUUAUAACAUCCCUGUAAUAAGCCGGACAGUCGGACAGGCACUUCCUGGAAUUAAGAGACAGGAAAUGUAAUUAAUGAUGCAAAGAACACUCAAUAAAUAUUACUAUUAUUAUUAUUUUAUCACAAA